AUUACGCAUUUAAUAAACAAUCGAGAACUAUUUACAAUAAAAAUAUCAUUACUUUGUCUCAAUUACCAGGAAAAGUGAAAACUGAGUGAUCCAAUUACCUGCGAAGUGACACCAAAACACAUACAUCAUGGAUUUGUAUUUGGAUGAAUAUAAUGAUUUAGAAAAAUAUUCAGAAAUCUUAUUUGAUCGUGAUAUAAAAAGAUUAAAAACCGUUAAAAAUAAACGUAAAUUAGAACCAUUACCGAAUCUAGAAAAUUUACCAACGAUACCACAAUUUUUUGAAAAUUUAAAUGUAUUUAUUACCGGUGGAACUGGUUUUAUGGGAAAAGUAUUAAUUGAAAAAAUACUUCGUAGUUGUCCUGGAGUUAAUAAAAUUUAUCUAUUACUCAGACCAAAAAAAGGCUGUAAUGAACAAACAAGAAUAAAUGAAAUGUUUAAGAUUCCUCUGUACGAUUGUUUAAGGAAAGAAAAUCCAGAUGCAAUAUCUAAAGUUCAAAUUAUAUCUGGUAAUUGUGAGCAACCAAACUUAGGGCUUUCAGAAGAAAGUAUGAAUUUACUAAUUGAAAAUAUUCAUGUGGUUUACCAUGUGGCAGCCUCAGUACGUUUUGAUGAUCCAUUAAAAAAGGCUGUUUUGAUGAAUGUAAGAGCAACAAGGGACGUUGUAGAAUUGUGUAAGAAAAUGAGAAAUCUCAAGGUUCUUGUUCACGUUUCAACAUCUUAUUGUAACACAGAUAAACAAAUCAUAGAUGAAAUUGUGUAUCCAUAUCAAGCUGAUUGGCGUAAAAUAAUUGAAAUGGCAGAAACUUUUGAUGAAGAUAAAAUUCGUAUAUUACAACCCAAAAUUUUAGAUCAUUUUCCAAAUACGUACACAUUUACAAAAUCACUAGCUGAAAAUUUGGUGAAUGAUGAAUGCGAAAAUAUACCAACGGUUAUCUUACGACCAUCCAUUGUUGUUGGAACAAUGAAUGAUCCAUUUCCAGGAUGGAUAGAUAAUCUUAAUGGACCAGCUGGUUUCUUUGUGGGUGCUGGUUCUGGAGUUUUACAUAAUCUUUACUGUGAUGGUAAUAUUGUACCUGACUAUGUUCCUGUAGAUAAAGCAAUUAGUUCUAUCAUCAUUGCAUCAUGGUACCAAGUCCAUAAUACCAAGGCGAAAAAACAGCAAACUUUGGUGAUCAACGCAUGCACGUCAAAUAUCAUUGCAGUAUCAAACAAUACAAUAUUGGACUUAUUAAUGGCAAUAAAUAAAAUAUAUCCGUUUAAUAGACGAAUAUGGUAUCCAUUUUUAUUUUAUACAAAGAAUACAAUCACAUUUCAUUUUUGUUUUAUAUUUUUUCAUUUAAUACCUGGAAUAUUCUUAGAGCUCCUGUUACGUUUGACGGGUAACGAUUUACAGCUAAUGAAAAUUUAUAGAAAAAUAUACAUAGCAAAUAAUGCACUAAAAUUUUUCAUGAUCAAUCAAUGGGCUUUUAAAAAUGGACAUUUUGUGUCUCUAAAUGACAUUAUGUUGGAUUCGGAUAAAAAAGUGUUUAACGUAGACAUAUACAACGUUCAUGCUAUUGAUACUUUGAAAACAGGAAUAUUUGGGUUUAAAACUCACUUGUUAAAAGAGCCAACAAAUUUUCAUGAUACAUUACCAAAAGCAAGAAAACUACUUUCAAGAUUUUAUAUUGCAAAUUGUAUUGUUGGAUUUUUAUACGGCCUAGCAUUUUUCUUCGUAUUAUUAUAUAUAAUACCGUCAUUUUCCACAAAAAGUUUAAAUGGAUUUCUUUAA